AUGCGGUUGCUCAGUGCAGAACUCUGGUUUCCAGCAUUGCUUGCUCUCCAAGCCAAUGUGGUCAAGGCCCAAGCCAAUUCACCCAACUGCACAACCAAGACUGAAUUCUUCACGCAGCUGGUUGAGCAUAACUCGACUGCGAACGGUACUUUCCAACAACAGUAUCAGAUACUCAAACCUCACUUCAAGCCUGGAGGUCCUAUCUUCUACUAUCAGCAAACAGAAACUGGAACGUUUGCGUGUUUGGUAUACAUAUCAGAAAGUCCCCAGUCAUGUACAUGUCCUGAUCUGUUACAGGAGAGAACCAAUUAUCCAGCAUGGGCCGAUGAGAUUGGAGGCAUGGUGAUUAGCCUCGAGCACCGUUUCUUCGGCCUCAGCGAUGCAUCAAACGCCACAGAUCCCAUCGAAAAGUACAAGUCCCUGACUCUUGAGAAUGUCAUGCUGGAUGCCGUGACGUUCAUCAGCCAUAUCAAGCAUACUAUUCCUGGUGCCAAAGACAGCAAGGUCAUCGUAUCCGGCGGCUCAUAUGGUGGCUUCCUGACGACGGUUCUCAAGAUGAACUAUCCUGAAGUGUUUUAUGGAGCGGUGCCGUACGCUCCGCCUCUCCGAUCGAUUGGAGCAAAUUACCAGAACCCGAGGCGAUACGAUUGGUUCAACUGGGUCUACUGGGAUCUAUCUGCGGCGGCGGCUAGCAAAAUGAGGGACGCUUUCACUUGGCUUGCACAGCGUUUCGAGAACCUGGGCGAGGUAGAAGACAUUGCGAAAGACCUCAAUCUCUGCACCGUCCCAAAGACAGCAGCGGAUCUUCGGCUUGUGAUGGGAGUCAUUGCCACCAACGCAGAGCUGAUUCCCCUGCUCAGCUACAGCAGCCCAGACGCAAAUCCCUACGGUGCUACGCCUCAGAAACUGGUCAACAUAACACUCAGGGCAAAGGAACCAAUCGACAUUGUCAAUGCCACUCUGACCUUGCGGAACCCGCCAAACCUGGUUCCUUGCAUCGCCUGGGACACGGAUCAAUCUGCGGAAGCAAGUCUGCAGAAAGCCCCUUUCAACUACCUUACGUGCAAUUACUUUCCCUUGAUUGUAAACGAGAUUGCCGAAGGCAACAUCUUACCCCCGACAUCUGCUCAAACAGAAACGGAUCCCAUGACCUGCGAGACACUGUACGGACUUGUCCCCCCAACGCAGGCGGAAGUUGAGGCAAAGUGGCACAUAUCACGAGCGGAUCUGAUCCAAGCGCCUCGCAUCAUAUUUGCCUAUGCGGAGAACGAUCCCACCAGUGGUGUUGGCAUCCAUCCAUUUCCUCCGUCGCCAGACCGCAACGCGUCUCGAUGGAUGAUGACCAGCCUUGCUGCGCAUGGCGAGGAGUCUAUUGCGUCUUUCGCGGGCGAUAAACCCAGUGUCGUCCAUGCAAGACGUGUACAGUUGGAAACGAUCAAGGAGUGGCUCGGGCUCUACUGA